UUACUUCCUGGCUUGGCACAUUACCCUUGAGAGCCACCUUCUCUCUCUCUCUCUCUCUCUCUCUCUCUCUGUCUCCGUCAGUCAGCCUCACGCACCCAGACGAACCCGGGGCAUGUGUGAGGGAGGACGUGAUGUGUCAUUGUGUAGUCGGCUGUUCUCGGUGAAUCUUGUUUAAGUGUGUGUUGACACACUCGGCUGCCGCUGUCACUCUCAUCGCUGUGUGUGCGCCUGCCAACCGGCCGUCCUCCUGAAUAGCAACAUGUUCCGCCGAACCAAGAGCUGUCGCACCAGUAACCGAAAGAGCCUGAUCUUGACCAGUACGUCUCCCACUCUUCCCCGGCCUCACUCUCCUCUGCCGGGACACAUCGGAAGCAGUCCGCUGGACAGUCCCAGGACCUUCUCCCCCAGCGCACCGGCCCAUUUCUCUUUCGCAUCGUCCAGAAGGGCUGAUGGCAGACGCUGGUCUCUGGCCUCUCUUCCCUCCUCUGGAUAUGGGACCAACACACCCAGCUCAACGUCUUCCAGCUCGUCUCAGGAGCGGCUGCAUCAGUUGCCGUUCCAGCCCACACUGGACGAGCUGCACUUCCUGUCCAAACACUUCGGCAGCACCGAGAGCAUCACUGAUGACGACGGCCGGAGAUCACCGCAUGUGCGGCCGCGCUCACGGAGUCUGAGUCCAGGGCGAUCACCUUCCUGUUAUGAUAAUGAGAUUGUUAUUAUGAACCAUGUUUACAAGGAGCGGUUCCCUAAGGCCACGGCUCAGAUGGAGGAGCGCUUGGCUGAAUUCAUCGAGUCGUUUUCGCCUGAGAAUGUGCUUCCGCUGGCCGACGGGGUCCUCAGCUUCAUCCACCACCAGAUCGCCGAGCUGUCCCGAAACUGCCUGACCAAAUCUCGUGAAGGUGUCAUCACCACCGUCUACUUCUACGAGCUGCAGGAAAACCUGGAGAAGCUGCUGCAUGAAGCUUAUGAGCGAUCAGAGAGCUCGGAGCUGACCUUCAUCACAGAGCUGGUGAAGAAACUCUUCAUCAUCAUCUCCCGCCCUGCUCGACUGCUUGAAUGUCUGGAGUUUAACCCUGAAGAGUUCUACCACCUGCUGGAGGCAGCAGAAGACCACGCUAAAGAGGGCCAGCUAAUGAAAGCAGACAUCCCGCGAUACAUCAUCAGCCAGCUCGGCCUGACCAGAGACCCUCUGGAAGAAAUGGUGAAUUUGGAGAGUUACGACAGUGAGGGACCCCACACGCCGGAGACGGACGACUCGGCUGAAGGGAAGCUCAAAGCCAUCAAAGCGCCCUGUGAAUCAGACUUCCAGACUAUCAAACUCAUCAGCAAUGGAGCGUAUGGAGCUGUGUAUUUAGUCAGACACAGAGAGACGCGGCAGCGCUUUGCUAUGAAGAAGAUCAACAAACAAAACCUGAUCCUGCGGAACCAGAUCCAGCAGGCGUUCGUGGAGCGGGACAUCCUGACCUUCGCCGAGAACCCAUUCGUGGUCAGCAUGUUCUGCUCUUUUGAGACGCGCCGUCACCUGUGUAUGGUCAUGGAGUAUGUGGAGGGUGGUGACUGUGCAACCCUGCUGAAAAAUAUCGGAGCCCUUCCUGUGGAAAUGGCCCGGAUGUACUUUGCUGAAACAGUUUUAGCGCUGGAGUACAUUCAUAAUUAUGGCAUUGUACACCGAGAUCUGAAACCAGACAAUCUGCUGAUCACGUCGAUGGGCCACAUUAAGCUGACAGAUUUUGGCUUGUCAAAGAUGGGCCUCAUGAAUCUCACCACUAACCUUUACGAAGGACACAUCGAGAAGGACGCCAGGGAGUUCCUGGACAAACAGGUGUGUGGCACACCGGAGUAUAUCGCCCCGGAGGUCAUUCUCAGGCAGGGCUAUGGGAAACCAGUGGACUGGUGGGCCAUGGGCAUCAUCCUCUACGAAUUCCUAGUGGGCUGCGUGCCGUUCUUCGGAGACACGCCUGAAGAGCUGUUUGGUCAGGUGAUCACAGAUGAUAUUGAGUGGCCUGUGGGAGACGAGGCACUGCCUAGUGAAGCUCGGAGCCUGAUUUCCGCUUUGUUGCAAACCAAUCCACUAGUGCGACUGGGCAGAGGUGGAGCGUUUGAAGUGAAGCAACACUCGUUUUUCUCGGGAUUGGACUGGAAUGGUUUACUCCGACAGAAGGCCGAGUUUAUCCCUCAUCUAGAGUCUGAGGAGGACACCAGCUAUUUCGACACGCGGUCAGAGCGUUAUCAGCACAUCAACUCCUAUGACGAGGACGACACCAACGACGAUGAGCCAGUAGAGAUAAGACAGUUCUCCUCCUGCUCGCCGCGCUUCAGCAAGGUGUAUAGCAGCAUGGAGCACCUGUCCCAGCUGGAGCAGAAGACCCCUGUAGUCACCCGUCGAGAGCACAAAGGUCGCCGCGAUGACAAGAUGGCCAAGCGGGAGAGUCUGGGAAGCUUCACUAUGAGGGACAAGAGCUGGAGGACGGGCUCCCCUGAGAUGAAGCGUUUAUCAUGCUCUGAGUCUCUGUAUAUGGAGGGAGACUGCAGUCCUCCGAUGGGCGCCCGGCGCCGUUUUUCAGCCCUGAUGGACACGCACAGGUUUGCCGCUCCUCAAGAGGGCGAUGGAGAGCUUUCCGAAAAACAGGGUGCCGUUAAAGCCCCGGGAUCAUCAUUAGAGGGAGCCAUUGCUCCACCAUCACCCAGUGCUAAUGAACAGAGGAACGGUGCGAAAGAAGUGAUGUCAGCUAGUAAAGGCCCAGAUAAGCCAUUGAGACCAGGUGAGAUAUCAGCACCACAGGCCAUACCAUCUACAGGAGCCAUAGCAGUGGUCAUGGGUGACACUGUCGGACAGCGAGCGACCAAGGAUCUGGUGCUUCGGCAAGCACGGCAUCAGCAGCUGUCAAGCGAUGGGGAGAAACGCAGCUCACGUCCCAGCAACAAGGUCAUCAAAUCUGCGUCUGCCACCGCGUUGUCUGUCAUCAUACCUGGAGUCGAGCAGCACAGUAGCUCUCCACUGGCGAGUCCAAUGUCCCCACGCUCUCUCUCGUCCAACCCCUCAUCGCGAGACUCCUCUCCCAGCCGUGAUUACUGCCCCACAGUAACAGUUCUUCGUUCGCCAAUUACCAUCCACCGCUCUGGCAAAAAAUAUGGGUUCACUCUCCGUGCCAUUCGGGUCUACAUGGGAGACACUGACGUGUACAGUGUGCACCACAUAGUCUGGCAUGUGGAGGAUGGGGGCCCUGCUCAGGAGGCGGGACUAUGUGCUGGUGACCUCAUCACUCAUGUCAAUGGUGAAUCUGUGCAUGGUUUGGUCCAUACCGAGGUGGUAGAGCUUAUACUUAAGAGUGGAAACAAAGUGACUGUGACCACAACGCCUUUUGAGAACACGUCCAUUAAAGUGGGACCAGCACGCAAGUCCAGUUACAAGUCCAAGAUGGCUAGAUGCAGUAAGAGGACGGUCAAAGAGGGACAGGAAAGUAAGAGGCGUGGGUCUUUGUUCCGCAAAAUAACCAAGCAAUCCAACCUGCUGCACACAAGCCGUAGCCUGUCAUCUCUGAACCGGUCCUUGUCAUCCAGCGAUAGUCUUCCUGGCUCUCCGACACACAGCCUGUCUGGUCACUCCCCUACCCAAAGCUACCGCUCAACCACUGAGUCAUCCCACCUUGGUGCCUCCUCCCAGAGCAGUUCUCCUGCCUCCAGUACCCCAAAUUCACCCGCAACAACCCAACAUAUGAGACCCAGCUCCCUGCACGGACUUUCCCCCAAACUACACCGUCAAUACCGUUCAGCUCGCUGCAAGUCAGCGGGCAACAUUCCUUUGUCUCCAUUGGCUCAUACACCAUCCCCAACUCAGUCCUCACCACCUCCCUUGCCUGGGCACACAGUCGGGAGCUCCAACACCACCCAAACCUUUCCUGCAAAACUACACUCGUCCCCACCAAUCAUAAGGCCUAGACCCAAGAGUGCUGAGCCUCCCAGAUCACCACUACUCAAAAGAGUGCAGUCAGCAGAGAAACUCGGGUCACCGCUUUCAUCGUCAUCUGAGAAGAAAGGUGGGAUCGGGGUGAUGAGGAAGCACAGUUUGGAGAUCGGACAUUCAGAUUAUCGUAAGGAUGGUUUCCACUGUGAGCUUGGCCUCCAGAGCUUGGUGGAAAUUGAGGGUGAAAACCUGGCAAAUGCCCCAACAACUUCUCCUUCACCCACUCAUCCGACCCCAUCACCGCCUGAAACGGGCGUUCUGAAGCCAGUAAGGAAGCUAGGCAGGCAGGAGUCACCUUUGAGUAGAGAUGCUUUGCUUGCGGGAAGAGAAAGGGAUCGAGACAAGGAGAGGAUUGGUGAACCAAGUCAUCCUAGUGAGCCUAAACAAGGGGCAGUCAAAGAAAUGCUCCCUGGAAGUAAGAAAUCUCCAAGUGUUGAAGCAUCUCCACGGCUUCCUUCCACUCUACAGGAAAGUUGCCUAGCCAAGCCUCAGACUUGGCAGCCUCCAUUGACCAAGUCUUCUCCAGUAGCAUCAGAGUCCAAGCCUAGUGUAGUCACCUCCAUUCCGUCGCCCCUGACCACAGCGUCUUCCCCAUCUGCCAAAACAACUGAGUCAAGUUUCAUCAAGGAAGCGGGAAAGGAUGACCAAGUAAGUCUUACAAAAGUUGCCCAAAGCCAGGCAAUAGGAACCACUAAGCCUUCAUGCCCUGCAAGCGUAUCAGGUGUUAUCAGCAAAGACUUGUUGGAGAAGGAAGGGGGAAAGGAUACUGGGAAGAAAGAGGUAAAACCAGAUUUUGUGAAGACUUCAGCUUCAGUCAAGCCAAGUAUGCCAUUCAGUGCUCCUGGGAAGACAACAAGCACAGAAUUAACCAAAGCAAGUAAGGGACCAGGUGAUGGAGAAGGUCUCAAAAAGAGCAUCUUAGAUUCCCACACCAGAACUUUAGAUGUCAGGGCGAGGACUGCUCCAUCCAAAGGGGUUGUCCCAUCUCACCCACCCCAGGCGCAGUGCUCUGCUUUGGGAAAACUUAGGCAGGACAAGGGCUUAGCUCCGGUCAGCUGCUACUGGGGAACACUGGAUUGGGAGGACAAAUGUCUCUUGGAGGUUGUUGAGGAACACUCUCCAUCCCCAACUCCUUCUCCAACUGGAGUGCCUCCUGAUCUGUCCAAAACUCAACUUCAGUCUCCUGGUGAGAAAUCUGGUUCGGCUACACAGUUUACAAGCAAAGGGAAAUCUAUAGGGCCUGUUAAAGGUGGAACUCAGGAGGGGCCCAUGGCCAAAGAUACCCCCAAAUCAUCGGAGGUCACCCAGGCAUGUGCUCCAGGAAGAUCUGAUGCUGCUUCUGCGAGUAGACCAACUUCCAAAGCAGUCAGUCAGAGUCCUACUAGCACCUCCCCGCAGGUGAAGACUGUCAUCACACCUAAAAAUGGCUCUUGAUCAUGGGCUAGUGGAAAAAAUAAUUGCCUUUAUUGAGGGUUUAGCGGAAUUCAAUGUUUUUAAGCACUUAGAAAUUUAGGGACAUUCCAGCCAGUGAAAAAAAAAAUCAUAUUAUGCUGAACAAAGGACAACAACUCCAAGGCUAUUUUAAAGGCUGUUAUUUAUUGUACAUUCAGAGCUGCACCAGAAAAAGAGUAUAGAUGUAUUAUAUUAGAAUGUGUGUUGGGUGUUUGUGUGUGCGAGGAGGUAAAUGGGUGCAUGUUUCGUGGUGCUUGUGCAACAAGGUGAAAAAUCGACAAGUGCAAAGUGCUUUAACAGAUCAAACAAUGCUGAAUUCUGUGAACAUCAAAACAAUGUUCCUACUUUUUCUAAGGUGACCAACCACAUAAUUUCCUUAAACAUAAAAACUGAAAAGAAUUUGCUCAAGGUAACAGCUUAUCAAGUUUUUGGCAUAGACAGAACAUUAUCAAGGACACAUCGCUUCCAUUACUGUAUUAUUAUUAUUUUUUGGCUUGUUAUAUGAUUCAGAAGUUUCUAAUCAGGUUUACCAUAUCCAUUAAUAAUUAGUACGUACUGCCUUAGCCAUGAGGAGAAUUUCAGCACAAAUAGCCAUGUGGGCAGUGCGCUGACAUGUAUAGCCAUUGCGCUUUGGGUAUCCUGAGUUUGUAUCCCAGCUUGCAGGACACACACACACACACACACUUCCUGUUCUCUUAUUGUCCUAUUGAAAUAAAACUCAUAAAAAUGCCAAAAUUAAAGCUAUGAGGGAGGAUGCUGGCUAAACCAUUGAUUCAUUAAAAUUCCCUCUUAACAAAAUCUAUCAUCAUAUUGAAUUAAGACUGUUGAAACAUAUUUUGUUGAUCGCUGCCUUGUGAGGUAAAUAUCACAGACCCUUUAUGGCAAGCUGGUGCAUUCAGUGUCCACUUUUAAAUGGGGAAAGUCUCAAACUUGGUAAAUCAAUACAAUACAUUUUGCUAUUAAUUCUCAAAUCAAACUAACUAAACUAAAAAGACAAUGUUCUUCCUCAAAGACAACCACUGAUCUAUAGAAGAAGACAGUUCCUUAGUAUGCAUUGGCAAGCAGGUGCCUCUAUGUUUGCAUGCUUGCCAAGAGUAGGUUUCUAGCCUUACGGUGUCUCUGUAAAUAAGUUUACAGGCAGAUUUGAUUCAUACUCACAAGUAGGUCAGUGUUUAAUCACAGCUCUUGACACGGACUGGUGUAUCUUUACUCUCUUCUGUGCUACGGAAUUCUCUUUAAAAGUGAUUGUUGACCCAACUGUGACUCUAGCACUCAAGUCUUAUAUUCGCUACCUGAAUAAUAGUUCUUCAACCAUGGGCGUUUGCAAUAGCAAGGGGUCAAGGUUUGACUGGUUAGCAUGCCCCGAUUAGCCCCUGCUGGUGGAUGUCAUAACUACACCAUCUGGCUGCAAAGAGAGCAUUGACCGAUCUUUAAAAGUAGCUGUGUAUUGAAAUGAAUGCCAAUGCAUUUUGAAAAUCAGUAACAUGAGAGAAGUGGUUAAGGUUGAGAACAUCUUUGCAAUGGAGUAGUGACUAUUACUAAAAACUAAAAACCUUAUGGAUUUAAGUGCUAAAUGCAUAUCAACAGAUUCAGAUGGCAUCCUUCAUGAGCAUCGCCGUAACACAGGUCUUGAUUACAGAGAUUGUUGGAUCAGCACAUUUAUGAUGAUUGUUGGAAUCUGCAGAGUGAAGGAGGAUUGUAUGGUAAAUAUAUAUUCUAUAGUUACUCAAGCAUCAGUAAAUGUCACUGUUGUCAUGGCAACUCUGAGCUGGUGUAGCUUGCCGUCUGUUGGCGUUUCUUUGUGUGGUCUGAUUGUCGUUCACUAACAUGCAAUGAAAAUAUCACUAACAUUUGUGCUGAAGUAACUUUUCACUAAAGCAUAUGCAAAACAAAUGUUUGUAGGGAUGCGACUGAUGCUUUUUUUGCAACGUUUGUUCUUUUGCCAUUUCUAAUGACAGAUGACUAGGAAGCUGGUUUACGACAGUAACCAUAGUUUAUAUAUGGUAUCAGUAGUAAAACUUAUUAAAGAAAUGGUAUAAAACAGUAAUAAACGAAAUAGUAUAAAUCGUAUUUGUCUCAGUAUUAUCAAUUUCAUAAUUAUGUAAGAAAGAAAAAAACAGACUGCAAAUGUUUGUGCUUUCAAAAGACUCACAAAACUAUAGACAUUUUCAGUCAUUUGUCAGAUUUUUAUACUUUAUUUGUGAACAUUUUUUGUUUCAUUUAAAUUCAUUUAUUUGUUAAUGCUGUGCAUAAUGCAUAAAUAUGCAUAUGAGCAUAUUGCUAAAUAUAAUACAAAUAUACAUCAUGACUGAUUUGAGGCGUGGCAGGAAUAGAUGGAGUUAUGCUGCCAUCUGAAGGCUAACAGGAACACGCUGUCACUAUUUUACACCCUACAUUAACAUGGUAAUAGUAGAAGGAGUUGCAAUCAGUGACAGACCAAGAGUGCUUUAUUUAUUUGUAUUUCAUAGUACCAUACAGAGUUAUGAUUUACUGUAGCAUGGUGAUGCCUUUGGAUAGACAUUUAGAUAUCUAUUAAUCAUAAAUGUAUUCUGACGCUGUUUAUCUCUCAAGCGGCAUCUGAAAUAUCUUUUGCUGUUUCAUAUCUGGUUCCAGUAUUAGUGAGAUUCCUUUAUAUCUAUCAAAAACAUUUAUUUAUUGUAGUAUACAGAAACUCAACACAGAGUAUAUCAGAGAGAUAUUUGGAUGUAUCAGUGAAAUGGGGAAGCGACGACAACAUAUGCACAAAAUAAUGUAAAGAUUUGGGGUGAAUGUGUUAAUGUAUCUGAUGUUAUGUUUGUAACACACCAUUUUCUUUUUUUGCCAUCCUCGUCAUAUUCGGCCCUUUCCCGUGCAUGAACUCUCAGUUGUGGUUAAAGGCUACUAACACUUCACUGGCCUGAAUGUUUCCACUUUAUAUCAUCUGACUGUUAUAGCUGAUCGAAUACGAGACUAAUGUUUUAUAAUGUUCACUUAUUCUGUACUGUAAAGCCCUGUGUCUUAUUCGAUUCUGAAUUGUUUGAUUUACACUGCAGUGUGAACUGAAAAACAGGAAUCCACACAUAUUAAAAGUAUGCUGUCCACUCGUAUGUAUCAGAAUAUAAUCUUAUGUAUUUGUGUUUAUGAGGCCAUAUUUACAAUUUUUUUUUUAAAUGUAAUUUCCUAUAAAAUGUGAUUUUUUUUUUUUUUUUUUGAGAAUGCACUUUAUUUCAUGUAAUUUUUUAUACGUUCUUUGUUGUUUUAUCAAACUGUCCAAGAUUCUGUAUAAUACUGUACAUAGAGGUAAAUAAAGACAUAAAGAUAUUCCGUUCUAAUGUGAAUGUCCUACAUAGGAGAAAUGAAGAGUAUCUCAGUCUUGUAUCACCUGUUAUGUGGCAUUUUGGACAUGAAUUUGUUAAUUUAUUCUAUUUAUUUGGCUCUACAUCACUUUUACUUACAGCAAAUGUCAAUCGAUCCAUUAACUGAGGUGCAGUGUGUGUAGUCAAUUAAUAAAGAGAUAUUGUAUAAAA